CUUCCCUGCCUGUGGCUGGAGGCGGCUGCGGCUGCGGGGCCGGUGCGGGCGGAGGGGCGCAGCGGAGGGCGGCCUCGCUGCCUCGCGGCCUCCCGGCCUCGCUCCCUCCCUCGCUCGCUAAGAUGGCGGCGGCGGCGGCGGCAGCGGCGGCGGCCGUGGCGCGGCUGGAGGGCCGGGAGUUCGAGUACCUGAUGAAGAAGCGCUCGGUGACCAUCGGCCGCAACUCGUCGCAGGGCUCGGUGGACGUGAGCAUGGGCCACUCCAGCUUCAUCUCCCGCCGCCACCUGGAGAUCUUCACCGCCGCGCCCCCGCCGCCGCCGCCGCCGCCGCCGCCGGCCGGCUCCGACGGGCCGCCGCCUCCUGCGCCUCAGGGCGACCCCGCGGCUGCUGCCGCUGCUACCGGCGGCGGCGGGGGGGACUUCUACCUGCGCUGCCUCGGCAAGAACGGCGUCUUCGUGGACGGCGUCUUCCAGAGGCGGGGGGCGCCGCCGCUGCAGCUGCCCCGAGUCUGUACUUUCAGGUUUCCCAGCACAAACAUAAAGAUAACAUUCACAGCUCUGUCCAAUGAAAAGAGAGAAAAACAGGAGGCCCCGGAGUCCCCAGUGAAGCCUGUGCAACCCCAGAUCUCUCCCUUAACGAUAAACAUUCCAGACAACAUGGCUCACCUGAUCAGCCCUCUCCCUUCUCCCACAGGAACCAUCAGUGCUGCAAAUUCCUGCCCAUCUAGCCCUCGUGGUGCAGGCUCUUCAGGGUACAAAAUGAGUCGUGUAAUACCAUCUGACCUACAUUUAAUGGCUGACAAUUCACAGUCAGAAAAUGACAAGGAAGCAUCGGGUGGAGAUAGCCCAAAGGACGACUCUAAACCACCUUACUCCUAUGCACAGUUAAUAGUACAAGCAAUUACAAUGGCACCUGAUAAGCAGCUUACACUAAAUGGAAUUUAUACGCACAUAACUAAAAAUUAUCCAUACUACAGGACAGCAGACAAGGGCUGGCAGAAUUCAAUACGUCACAAUCUCUCUCUGAAUCGUUAUUUCAUCAAAGUACCACGUUCCCAGGAAGAACCAGGCAAAGGCUCAUUCUGGAGGAUAGACCCUGCCUCUGAAAGCAAAUUAAUAGAGCAGGCUUUUAGGAAAAGGCGGCCUAGGGGAGUACCUUGCUUUAGAACCCCUCUGGGACCACUCUCUUCUAGAAGUGCCCCAGCCUCUCCUAAUCACUCUGGAGUGUUGUCUGCGCACUCCAGUGGAGUCCAGACCCCCGAGAGUCUGUCCCGGGAAGGAUCUCCAGUCCCAAUGGAACCUGAGCCUAGUGCUAUCCAGCCAAAACUAGCGGUAAUACAAGAAGCACGAUUUGCACAGAGUGCCCCAGGAUCACCUCUAUCUAGCCAACCAGUUUUAAUUACUGUACAACGGCAGCUACCACAAACUAUUAAACCCGUCACCUACACUGUUGCAACUCCUGUGACAACAUCAACAUCCCAGCAGCCUGUAGUUCAGACAGUUCAUGUUGUUCACCAGAUACCAGCUGUGUCUGUCACAAACGUGACUGGAUUAGCACCAGCAAACACUUACACUGUAGCUGGACAGGCAGUAGUCACGCAAGCUGCGAUGGUAACCCAGCCCAAGGUAGAACCUCAAGAGAAUGGAGACCACAAGGAAGUAAAAGUUAAAGUGGAGCCUAUACCUGCUAUUAGUCAUGCUACAAUAGGAGCUGCUAGUCGUAUCAUUCAGACAUCUCAGACCACCCCCUUACAGACAGUUACCAUAGUGCAACAGGCACCUCUAGGUCAACACCAGCUACCAAUAAAAACUGUAACGCAGAACGGAACGCACAUAGUACCUAUCACCACUGCGAUCCAAGGACAGGGCAACGCUGCUGCUGCAAGUCCUUUGCAUAUGUUAGCAACCCAUGCGUCUGCAUCAGCAUCUCUUCCAACAAAGCGCCAGAACGGAGACCAGUCGGAACAGCAGGAACUCAAACGUAUCAAAACAGAAGAUGGAGAGAGCAUAGUCAUAGCAGUUAACGUGGACACCCCGUCUGUGGCAGUGAGCGAUAAAGGCAGCCAGAACUAGAAACUUAGAGGAGUUUUCUUUUUUCUUUCUUCCUUUUUUUUUUAAAUAAACUCCAUGGUGCCAAAAGGAGACACUUAAAUAUAACACCUAAAAUGUUGGAACAUGUUCUCACGCAGUGGGGAAAGGGGCCCUGUGAUCAGACUUCAACUUUCAGCAC